AUGGCAGAUUGGACCAGCAAGACCAUCCUUAGAAACGAUGCCCUUCUACAGUACAUCUACCAAACAAGUGCCUAUCCCAAAGAGCACGAGCAAUUGAAGGAAUUAAGAGAGGCCAGUGCCAAGAAGUAUAAAGAUUUGAGCGUCAUGAAUGUGCCUGUUGAUGAAGCACAGUUCCUAUCUAUGCUUCUGAAGUUAAUGAAUGCCAAGAAGACCAUGGAAAUUGGGGUUUUUACAGGUUAUUCCCUGCUGGCUACCGCUCUGGCAUUGCCCGACGAUGGCAAGGUAAUAGCAGUUGAUCCUGACAAAGAAGCCUAUGAGACCGGAUCAACAUUUAUGAAGAAAGCCGGCAUGCAGCAUAAGAUUAAAUUCAUCCCAUCCGAUGCCUUCUUAGUUUUAGAUGAUCUGAUAAAAAAUGGGGAAGAAGGAACCUUCGAUUUCGUAUUUGUGGAUGCUUAUAAGAGUGAUUAUCUUAAAUUUCAUGAACUGGUCAUAAAAUUGGUCAAGAUUGGAGGAAUAAUAGCUUACGACAACACUUUAUGGUAUGGCUCGGUAGCAGAAUCAGAGAAGGAAGUGAUGGACGACCUAAUUAAGAAGUUCAGAAAUUUUGUGAUCGAAUUCAAUAGCUUUAUUGCAGCUGAUCCUCGAGUUGAGUCGUCGAUCCUUUCCAUUGGCGAUGGUCUCACUCUCUGCAGGCGUCUCUACUAA